AUGCUGAAUGAGCUUCCGGAAAACGUGCCUGACGAUCAGUUCCUGAUCCUGAAUCCAGCAAAGGAUUCAGUUGAAAAGGUCAUCAACAAGUUGACACUCGUUCUGUCGACCGUCCAAGAUGAUGAAAUGAUGGAGAUUGGCUUUGCCAAGAGCGAGGAGAAUCGUCUUCGAUAUGCUUGGGAACAGUACUUGCUCUAUUCCUACAAUGCGACGAUUUUCCGAAGAAGAGCCAGAGUCCUCCAGUACAGUGCCCUGGUACUUUCGGUUGUCGUGACCGUGGUUGCUAUCUUGUAUCGCGAGAGCACGACGAACCCGGACUCACCUUUGCAAAAGGAAGAGCUCCGAGUGAGUCUGCCCUGCAUCAGUGCUUUUGUUCUGACCUCAAUCAGCCGAUUGAACUUCGUGAACAAAUGGGCAGCUUUGGAAAGCGGUGCUGUCAAUGUGAAGAGCGAGAUCUAUCAGUACCGCUGUCGUGUGCUGUAUUACCAGCCCCGGAAGUCCAACGACAUGGACAUUGAAGAUCGCGUGGAGGAGCUUUGCGACAAUCCUCCAAGCACCGCUGACCUCGCCACGCUAGCAGCUCUGAAAAAGAGGCAGAAGAAGGUUGAGGCAACAGCCCCAAAGGGAACAACUCGUCGAGGCACCUUCUCCGCAGCUUUAGCACAAAUCAACUCGGAUGCCACAGGCUCGGAUGUUCGGGCUGACUACUUGUCGAUGCCGCCAGCUUCAGCCAUGACGAAACUUCAAACCAACUCCUAUGACUGGGACAAGGUCCUUGCCUCCUAUAAAGCAAGUGUCCUCUCAACUUCUUUGGAGUCGCUCAAGAACCUUCAUUUCUGGUGGCAGAGCCUCUCAAUGGUCGAGCGCGAUGAAUGCCCUCCAACAAGAACGAACUCGUGGCUUGCACGGAGGCGACGGCUGACAGUGAGAUCUCUGCCUGGAAAAAGACAUUGA